AUGACAACUACUGUUUCAAGGUGUGUUCACUGUAAUAGAAAGUUUAAAAAACAAAUCAAUCUUAAAUUUCAUCAACAGUUAUGUGCAAGUGUACAAGUGUCAAUCUCAAGGAACCUCAAUGUACAAUUACCUGGUGAAUUUCUCAUGAAAAAACAAGCUUUUUAUAAAUCUCUAAAUGUUUAUUAUAAAAAAUUCAAUGAAAACUUUUUUGAUAUUGAAACUGUCUUGAAAACAGAAAGUGGAAAUUUAAAACAAUUGCUGACAACAUUUUUAAAAAGUCUUGGAAUGUUAAAAGUUCAAAUUGGUUUAAGUUGUGAGUUUUAUCGAUAUGAUGGUUUUGAUAUUGUUUGGAUCGAUCCAAUGUUUAAUUCUAGUUUGAAACCAUUAACAUCCAUCGAUUUGUACAAUCAUUUUCUUGAUGAGUGUUAUUUCGAAAUAUCAUUGGAUUUUGAUUCAUUUAACCAGAAAGGAAGUGGUUGGAUAUUGAACAAAGUGAAAUCGCUCGAGGUGCGCAUAGGAAAGUAUAUUCCAUAUCGUGGUGGGUGUAAAAAGAAACAAUUACCUCCAUUCAUACUAUCGAAGAGAGCAAUAAUUCAACUUGAUUCAUCCGUUGAUUGUUUCAUGUGGUCUGUCAUAGCAGCUGUUCAUCCAGUUCAGAAAAACGCUUGUCGAUUAUCUCACUAUAAAAAAUAUCAACAACAAUAUAAUUUUGAUGGAUAUAAAGGCUAUGUCAAGCUUGAUCGUAUUAAAUUUUUCGAAAAGAAAAACUCUAUUUCAGUAAAUGUCUACACAUUCACUGUUAAUAAGAAAAAAUUUCUUCCAAUACCAUUAUACGUCUCUAAAGAACGUCUUGAACAACAUGCGAACUUAUUACUGUAUGAUGAACAUUACUGGCCAAUCAGAAAUUUCAACCGUUUCAUCGGUUCUAAAGAUUCUAGAUAUCACAAUUUUUGUGAAAACUGUUUUACCGGAUUUUUGACUUCACAAAAGUGUUCUGCACAUACGAAAGACUGUUACCAAUUUAAACCAUCUAGAGUUGAAACACCACCAGUCAAUACAAAGAUUUUUUUUACACAGUUUGAAAAAAUGAUAAAAUAUCCAUUCAUAAUAUAUGCGGAUUUCGAGACUUUAUGUCAACCCGUUGAUUCUGGAGAAAAUCGAAAUACUUUCGAGUAUCAGGAGCACAUUCCAUCCAGUUUUGGAUAUGUUAUUGUGAAUAACAAUGGUAAAAUUCUCAAAUAUGAAUCUCAUCGUGGUGCUGAUAGUGGAUUAGUUUUCUUACAAUCUCUGAAUAAGUCAUGUGAAAAAAUUCUUAAUGCAUUGAAAAAUAGAUUUUCUCAACUUAGAAUGUCUACUGGAGAUCAAAAACUUUUUGAUGAAUCAACUCAGUGUCAUAUUUGUGAAAAUGAUUUCAAUAUUGAUGAUGUUAAAGUAAGAGAUCAUGAUCAUUUCACUGGGUUAUAUAGAGGUGCUGCUCAUGACUUGUGUAAUCUUCAAAUGAAGGUACCAGUUGAUAUUCCAGUAGUUUUUCAUAAUCUCAAGAACUUCGAUGCUCAUAUUUUGAUAAAAGCUAUUCAAGAUAGAAUGUAUGACCAUAUAAACAUUAUUCCUCAGAACACAGAAAAAUAUAUUUCAUUUUCAUUUGAUAAACUUAAAUUUAUAGACAGUUACGCCUUUUUAAGUGGAUCUUUAGAUGUACUUGCUCAAGAUUUAGGAGAAGCGUUUAAAAAUUCAUUUUUGCUGCAAGUAUUCAAAGAUGAGGAUAUUAACUUUGUAUCAGCUAAGGCAUCACUUCCAUAUGACUAUCUGGAUAGUUUUGACCGAUUUAACGAGAUUGAGUUACCUCCAUAUGAAUGCUUUUAUAACAAAUUGAAAAGAGAGAAUAUUGAAAAAAAUGUUUAUCAGAAUAUGGUUAAUCUUUGGAAUCAUUUUCAUGUUAAAAAUAUGGGCGAGUUUCAAGAUAUUUAUCAAAAAAUUGAUGUUAUUCUUCUAGCUGCUGUUUUCGAGAAUUUUCGCAGUAUAAGUAUUGAACAGUUUAAACUAGAUCCUCCUCACUUCUAUUCAGCACCAGGAUUGAGUUGGGCUGCAGCUUUAAAAUCAACAAAGGUAAAAAUCGAUUUACUUACUGACAUUGACAUGAUUAUGCUCUUUGAAAGAGGUAUCAGAGGAGGAAUUUCAUCUGCUUCAAAAAGAUAUGAGAAAGCUAAUAUACCUGAUACAUCGGAUUUUAUAUCAAAUGAAAAACCAAAGUUUAUUACAUAUCUCGAUGUUAACAAUCUGUAUGGUUACGCUCUACAACAAGCUCUUCCAAUGUCUGAUUUCAAGUUCGUAGAUAAUGUAGAGUUUGAUAGUGUGUAUCAAUUAUGUAUAAAUGAAAAAAACCCGAAUUCAGAUAUUGGUUAUGUUUUUGAAGUUGAUUUGGAUUAUCCGUCACAUUUACAUGAUCUUCAUAAAGAUUAUCCAUUGGCUCCAGAUAGAGUUACAAUUGAUCAACAUCAUUUAAGUAAACUCCAGCUUUCGAUAUUAGAAACAACUGAAAGACCACGAACUAAGUGUGAAAAACUUAUUGCGACAUUUUUCAAAAGAGAAAAGUAUGUUAUUCAUCAACGUAACCUUCAAUUCUAUGUCAAACAUGGAUUAAUUGUUACAAAAAUUCAUCGUAUUGUCUCUUUUAAACAAUCCUGUUGGCUCAAAGACUAUAUAAUGCUCUGCACUCGUAAGAGAAUGGUUAGUAAAUCGAAUUUCGAAAAGAAUUUUUGGAAACUGUUGGUAAAUGCCAUAUAUGGUAAAUCAAUUGAAGAUGUUCGUAAGCAUUCGGAAAUAAAACUAGAAACAUCUCUAGAUGGAGCAAUGAAACAAAUGCAAAAGCCUCUCGUUGAACGGUUUUUCAUUUUAGAUGAACAUAAAGCACUUUUCAAGAUGAGGAGAAAAUCAGUGCUCUUGAAUAAACCAAUCUUCGCUGGAUUUACUGUUCUGGAAAUUUCUAAGCUACAUAUGUACCAACUCCAUUAUGAAAUCUUUAAAGUAUAUUAUGGAGAUAAUAUUGAACUUCUUUAUACUGACACUGAUAGCUUCAUAUAUUCUAUCAAAACAAAUAAUCUUUAUAAUGACUUCAAUUAUUUAUCUGAUAUAUUUGAUUUUUCUGAUUAUCCGAGUGAACAUCAAAGUGGUCUUAAGAAUGAUAAUCAUAAAAAAAAGCUGGGUUAUCUCAAAGAUGAAAUGAACGGGAAAAAUAUAUUAGAGUUCAUUGCUCUCAAAUCAAAAGUGUACUGUUUGAAAACUGAUGAAACAGUUAAAAAAACAGCAAAAGGAGUACAAAAAGCUGUUCUCAAAAAAAUGAUCACAUUCGACGAUUACAAAACCUCUUUAGACUCACACAAUUUACUUUAUCAUGAAAUGCGUUCUCUAAGAAGUUUCCAGCAUAACAUCAAAUCAAUUCAAUCGAGAAAACUGGCUCUAAAUCCGUUUGAUGAUAAACGUUAUUUAUUGGAAAAUGGUGUCGAUACAUUACCAUUCGGACAUUAUUCAACCACUUAA